AGAUUUUUCUGAAUCCUGCUGAAAACUCCACAACACAAGAUGGCUGCAAAUAAGCCCAAGGGUCAGAAUUCUUUGGCAUUACACAAAGUCAUCAUGGUGGGCAGUGGUGGUGUAGGCAAGUCUGCUCUGACUCUGCAGUUCAUGUAUGAUGAGUUUGUGGAAGAUUAUGAGCCUACCAAAGCAGACAGCUACAGGAAGAAGGUAGUGUUGGAUGGGGAGGAGGUGCAGAUCGAUAUCUUGGAUACAGCUGGGCAAGAAGACUAUGCUGCAAUUAGAGACAACUACUUCCGAAGUGGAGAGGGCUUCCUAUGCGUCUUCUCUAUUACAGAGAUGGAGUCCUUUGCAGCCACAGCCGACUUCAGGGAGCAGAUUUUAAGAGUAAAAGAAGAUGAGAAUGUUCCAUUUCUACUGGUUGGUAACAAAUCAGAUUUGGAAGAUAAAAGGCAGGUUUCUGUAGAAGAGGCAAAAAACAGAGCGGACCAAUGGAAUGUUAACUAUGUGGAAACAUCUGCUAAAACACGAGCUAAUGUUGACAAGGUAUUUUUUGACUUAAUGAGGGAAAUUCGAGCCAGAAAGAUGGAAGACAGCAAAGAAAAGAAUGGAAAAAAGAAGAGGAAAAGUUUAGCCAAGAGAAUCAGAGAAAGAUGCUGCAUUUUAUAAUCGAAGCCCAAAUUCCUUUCUUAUCUUGACCAUACUAAUAAAUAUAAUUUAUAAGCAUUGCCAUUGAAGGCUCAAUUGACUGAAGUUACUUUAACAUUUUGGAAAUUGUUAUGUAUCACUAAAAGCAUGAAUUGGAACUGCACUGAAAGUCAAAUUCACUUAAAAAAAGAAAUUAAUGUGGCUUCACCAAGAAGCAAAGUUCAGCUUAUUUCAUAUUGCCUACAUCUAUCACAGUCCUGAAUGUAGCGUGUGAGCUUGUGUUUCUCGGGCAGUCUUUCUUGAACUGUUAAAUAAAGAGGUGAGAUGGGUGGGGAAACGGGAGGAAAGGCCACUUCCUCUGGUGUUUAUUAUAAAGCUUAAAUUUUAUAUCAUUUUAAAAUGUCUUGGUCUUCUACUGCCUUGAAAAAUGACAAUUGUGAACAUGAAUAGUUAAACUGUAUCACUUUUUUAACCAUUGUUAUACAAAUAUAGAGGAAAAGUUAUGGUAUGGUUGUUGCAUAUAGUUAAACUGAGAAUAAUUCAUCUGUGAAUCUGCAUUAAUUACCUGGUGAUUAACUUAGAAAAGUGGUGUAAACUUGUACGUGGAAAUUUUUGAAUAUGCCUUAAUUUAGAAAUGGAAAAAUAUCUGGUUGAAUCAUUCUGGCUGUGUUCUCACUGGCUCCAAGUGUCCUAGUGAGAGAUCUUAUCUUGCUAGAUGGAGUGCAGCUUCUAUACAGAAGAUUCUUGAGAAAUUACUGACAGCUCGGAAUCUGUUCAGACUAAAAAUGUGUGCCAUACUCUGGUUCUUGAAGAUAAAGUCCAGAGCACCCUGAUUGCUUUUAAUAAACUAUAAGGUAGUUUAAAACGAAGGGCCAGCAUAUACCUAUAAAAUAAUUUUAGACUACGAGUAUGUAGUACCAGUUACGUUUGGAUGAACCCCCUUUCUCUGGGAUGCUGGUCCCUGGGAAUCACGCUGCAGUGGUGAGCAUAUAAGUGUUAAGUUUUUAAUCUUCUGGGAGGAGGGCACAGAAAGAAAUGUCAAAGUGCUAAUGUAUUUUGCACUAGAACACUUUGGGAGAUUCUCAUGCUUGCCACCUGUUCUUUCUAAAUUUGUACUUAUGAGGUUACAGUUUGGCUUUGUGGGACUUUUUAGAUGAGUGUCUGUAGUCUUUUUAUGGUCACAGUGAAAAAACUGUAGCUACAUUUUCCUAAAGUGAACAUCAAGUAAUCAAACCCAGGUAUAAUGCAGAAAACAUGUUUGGCAUUAUACAGACCAAACAGUUGGCUGUGUCACCAUUGUGUGGCAUUUCCAUUGAAAGAAUUUCUAGCACACUGUUUUGGGAACAUAAUUUCAAUGGGAAAUAAACCACUAUCAGAUUUUUCUUUUCCUCUUUGGAAUGAGGCUAAGACAGUUGAUUCAACAAAGUUUUUCUUUCUUGUUCAGUCCUCAUUUCAACAGGUCAAAGAUGUGUUCAGGCAUUCCAAGUAACAGGUGUGUUGGCAAGGUUAUCAGAAAUAGGAUUUUUAGCAACUUAGCUCUCUAGAUAAUUUCAUCCAGCUUGUCAUGUUAAAUAUUUGUCCUCAAAGGGUUUGAGAUGUACAUCUUCCAUUUCACAUUUUUCGUAGGCUAUGCCAUGUGCAGAAUUAAAGUUACCACUGCAACUCGGCCAGCAGGCCCAGCCAGCAGUCUCCACGUGUACUCAUUGCAGUCUUACUGAACCAGGGGUCCUAACCACUAACAUUGUGUCUUUGCUUUGAGACCUUUCCUCUCCUGGGUACUGAGGUGCUAUGAAGCCAAAUGACAAAGAUGCAUCAUAUGUCUUAGGCUGAUGCCACUACCCAAUUCGUUUAUUUGCAAUUUGAGCCAUUUAAAGACCAAUAAACUUCCUUUUUUAAAAUGUU